UUUACACACAAACACCACUCACUAAAUCUGCUUAUCCUUCACCUCCACCUGUUCUCCGGCAAUGCAGACGCCAUCGGCGAUUUCUCUCUCCUUCCUUCUCCUCCUGUCUAUCUCCGCCGCCGUACACGGCCACAACAUCACCCGCAUCCUCGCCAAACACCCCGAAUUUUCCACUUUCAACCACUACCUCACCAUCACUCACCUCGCCAAUGAGAUCAACCGCCGGCAGACAAUCACCGUCUGCGCCGUCGACAAUGCCGCCAUGUCUUCAUUACUUUCAAAAGGACUAUCAAUUCAGACCAUAAAGAAUGUCCUCUCCCUCCAUGUCUUCGCCGACUACUUCGGCUCCAAAAAGCUCCACCAAGUCACCAAAGGCUCCACCUCCACCGCCACCAUGUAUCAAGCCACCGGUGAAGCUCCAGGAACCGCCGGUUACGUUCAUAUCACCGACAUCAAAGGUGGUAAAGUCCGGUUCACUCCUGAAGACAACCCAAGUCAAACCGAUACCACUUAUGUCAAAUCCAUCUUGGAAAUGCCUUACAACAUCUCCGUGAUCCAAAUCAGCGCGAUUCUACAGUCGCCGGAAGCUGAAGCUCCGACUGCCGCACCGGAUCUGAACUUAACCUCUUUGUUACAACGAGAAGGUUGUCAAGCGUUUUACGAUCUGUUAACAACCUCAGGAGCAAUCGGAACGUUUUUAAGCUCCGCCGACGGUGGAGUCACCGUGUUUUGUCCUGGAGACGACGCUAUUGCGGCGUUUGCCCCAAAAUACAAGAACUUGACGGCGUCGGAGAAGACGUCCUUGUUGCUUUACCACGGUGUUCCGGUUUACAACUCCAUGGGGAUGCUCAGAUCUAGCAAUGGACUGAUGAACACUCUAGCGACGGAAGGAGCUAAGAAGAAGUACGAUUUCACUGUACAAAACGACGGCAACGAUGUGACAUUGAAGACGAAAGUGGUGAAGGCGACAAUAAGCGGAACGGUGGUCGACGAAGAGCCGAUUGCCAUUUACACCAUCGAUAAGGUUUUAUUGCCGAGAGAGUUGUUUAAGGGUACGGUGGAGGAGGCGGAGGAGCCGGCGCCUGCGCCAAAGGCGGCGAAAAAGAAAAAGAAGCCGGCGAAGAAGGGUGACACCGAGGAGGAAGCAGAUGCGCCGGGACCGGAUUCUUCUGAUGAUUACAGCGAUGAUGAUGCGGCGGAUCAAACGGCAAGUGGCGGUGGAAGAUUGGUGGCGUCGGCGGUUAUGGCGUUCUGUUUUUCGUGGUUGGCUUUCGUUUGAAUUUUAUUUUUAUUUUUUUCUUUUUUAUUUUUGUCGGUGUGAUAAGGUGCUAGCGGGUAUCCUGGGUCUUCCCACUCACGAUAUCUCCUCAUGCAUGAAUAGAAUUCCUCUCUCCUUUUUUUUUUUUUUUUUUUGAUUUAUCAUCAAAACAUAUUUAUUUGGUUUUAUUUAUCAGGAAAAGAAAAAUAAUGAGUUUUUUUUUUUUGUGAUUGAUUUUAUUGUAAUUAUUUAUGUUGUGUCAUAAAAUAGAAAAUAUUUGUAUUGUACUAUAGUUACCGACUUCUCUCUCGCUGUAUUAAUUAAUAAAUGUUUAAUGUAUUUUAAUUAAAGAUGAGUAAAGAGUUCAUUAAAAUUCUA